AUGAAGAGAAGCGACCUGCAAGGACUAACGACGGAGCGCAAGAGGAGUCACCGUAACGCCAAGGGAAGCAGCCAUGCCCUGGAUGCUUUCCAAGAUGGUGCCGCCCCCGUUCGAAAAGUUGACCGCCGGAGUGCCGCAGGUGAGGAUACUGCAGACGGUGUGCCUAGCAAGUUUACGCCCGUUACCGGUCGGGGAAUGCCAGGCCGAGUCGCGAGACGAUCGUCGGCGGCCCCUGUAAAACAGGGCGACGGGAAGAAUCUGUCUAGAGCGAGUACUGCUCUGGAAGGCAUCAUGCGCCUUCUUGAUAUCAUGGCGACGGGGUACUACCUGCUUAGUACCUUCGACUGCGAGGAGCCUUGGAGGCUUUUGCGCUCCUUCCACGAGCCCAGCGAGAAACACCGUGGGUUUUAG